AUGGAUAAAUUAUUCUCAAUAGCUUUUGUUAUUUUACAAUGCAGUAUUUGUCUCGCUAAGAUAUCACCCGAUUACAUCAAACCAUGUGUGGGCUUGAAAUCAGACUGCUUGAAGAAAAACAUCCAAGAUACGAUUCCUCUAUACGUCCCUGGAAUUCCAAGCAUCGGUGUCAAUUCAACCGAUCCACUGAAGUAUGAUCUUAUUGAAAUGGAACUUCCUGGCGGCUUAACAAUACAGUUUACAGACGGAGUGAUGACUGGCCUCAAGAAAUGUAUCGUAGAUGAUGUCAAAUUUGAAAAUAACGAAGCUGAUAUCACACUCCACUGUGACAUAGUAAUCAAAGGCAAAUACAAAGCUAAGGGACAAAUACUUAUUGUCUCACUUAAUGGUGAUGGAGAUGCAAAACUGAAAAUAACGGAUAUUCUUUUGAAAGCAAAGCUUAAGUUCGCGGACAAGGUUCGCAACGGAGUAACUCAUUAUGAAGUUAAGAACUACAAAGUGUCUUACACAAUCAGAGAUAAAGUACAUUUUGAUCUUACAAAUCUCUUUAAAGGAAGUCCUGAAAUCAGUCAAACUGUUUUAACAUUCCUUAAUGAAAAUUGGAAAGAAGUUGUUAAUGAGUUUGGGGGACCAAUUAUUGAUUUCAUCGUUAACGUAGCAUUUAAAAAUGUUCAAGUAUUUUUCAGAGAAAUACCUAAAGAUGAGCUUAUCGUUUUAUAA